AUGUCUUUUCUGACACAUCUCUACGAAGUCCUUUCUGGUCUACUCGACCCCUGGAUCUUCAUGGGCCUGUCCGGAUCUUGGAUCCCCCAGACUGUGACCACGCUCAUCAAAACCCGGCAAAUUGACGUCCUACUCUCCCCUUCCAAAUUCCAAGAUGCAUGGUUCGGCAACUUCUGGGGUUGGGCCGGUCCAAAUGUCAAGCUCGGCGCAGAGAAAAGAGUCAUUCCUUUGCUAGAAGGUAGAACAAAAGGAGGACAGAUCGUCCAAUAUCCUACCGGCCCCGGGAUUGAAGGCGUCUGUAUCGAGAUAGGCGCUGGCAGUGGAUUUUGGGUCGAUAUCUUCUCAAACAAGCAUCUUGACAAAACUGCAACUGGUCAGGAGAGUGCUCGCAAGAAGGUCACUCGGGUAUAUGGUGUUGAGCCCAAUAGGGACCAACACGUCAAACUCCGUCAGCAUAUUGCGCAAGCAGGUUUGGAAGAUGUCUACGAGAUCGUGCCUGUUGGCAUUGAAGACCUCAAUGAUCCCUCAAAGUGGGGUAGCAAAGUCGAAAAGGAAAGCGUCGACUGCAUCGUCUCCAUCUUGUGCUUGUGCGGCAUUCCUCAACCACAGGAUAAUCUGAAGGAAAUUUAUGGGUACCUCAAGAAGGGCGGUAGGUGGUACGUCUACGAGCACGUCCGCGCCGAUCGUAACUGGGGUAUUCGUAUCUAUCAAGCAUUUGUGAAUCUGUUCUGGCCGAACUUUCUUGGUGGCUGCCAGCUCUGCCGGCCGACAGAGCAAUGGCUCAGGGAGGUCGGACCUUGGGCUAAGAUUGAUGUUGGUCAACCUGUGGAUGAGCCUUGGUAUCAAGUGGUGCCACAUAUGCUUGGCGUUUAUACCAAGUAA